CGGAUGAUAUCCCGGAAAGCAGCAAGUGAAGCACAAGCCUUAUGGACUGCGCUACAUUGUUUUUCAACUUCAAAAAUGUGAUUAAGCUUGAUAAUUCCCUGAAAACUGCUGUUGUCUGGCGCCACGAUUUCUUUGUAUAAUAUACUUGCAAGUUGAGAUACGAAUGGCUGCACAAAUACCACUUAUGGAUCCAGUUGAUCGGUCUGUGCUGGUGAUGCCACGUUACGCGCAUCGAGCGGACCUUGUCUGGAAUGAUGCUACAUCCAUGGAUGACAAGUUGAGGUGUAAUGUAUAUUGUUCAAUGGUGUACAAAGACGGCCCGCGUCACCCAGGAGUGGUAGCGUUGCUGAAGGCCUCCGGCUUUUACGGCGUCGACUGCAUCGGAAGGUUGCAGUUAAACUGGUCGCUUAUUACGGCGUUGGUUGAGCGACGGAGACCAGAGACACACGCUUUUCAUUUGCCUUUUGGUGAGGUGGGCAUCACCUUACAGGACGUAGAAGUGUUGUUGGGAUUGCCCAUCAACGGAGAACCACUAUCCGGACCUAGGAUAAACUCGAAAGCACUUUGGAUGCAAAUGUGCACGGACUUCGCCGGUUUCACGCCAAACAACAACGACUUAAACACAUCUGUAAUAAGAAUGAAUGCCCUACAGCGUUGGCCGGUACAUCAGCACAACACAAAUGAGGAACUCAUCACAUACACGAGGGUGCUCAUUUGGCAACUACUAGGUGGGUUAUUGUUCCCCUCCACUACCGGGAACAAAAUAAAAUUGUACUUUUUAGAGUUGUUGCAGGGACCGCUCGGUGAAGCACGACGGUGGAGUUGGGGCUCAGCAGUAUUGGGGUUCCUGUAUUACAACAUGUGCAAGGCCGCCAAAGCGAACAGGAGAAAUAUUGGGGGAUGUUUGCUUCUAUUUCAGAUUUGGGUGUGGGAGAGAUUGCCCAUGGUGCGGCCGCGAAACGUUUUGCCAUAUGAGAAUCCACAGGAUAUGCCCUAUGGGUGCAGGCAUAAUUUGAAAUUUUACAUAAUAAGUAUUAGUAUAUUAAAUAUAUUUGUAGGUCAUGGUAUAAUAACUUAUUUUUAUGAAGGUGGGCAUGUCGGCACAAUUGGGAACAAAGUUCUCGGUACUCUACGUAUUUAUCGAGAUCAGUUGGACGGGAUCCGAGAGAACGAGUUCGUGUGGCUCCCAUACGCAUUACAAGCCCUCCCCAGGUUCUGCGUCGCGGGAGUAGAUUUGUGGACAUCUAAUGUCAUGCUUAUAUAUUGUGACAUUUCUGAGAUGUACUACCCCAGUAGAUUUUGUCGUCAAUUCGGUGCAAUGCAACAUAUUCCUCCCGCAGCGGAAUCACAAGCUAGCCACCAUGCAAGUGGUGCAAAAAAUUCUGGAUGGCCAUUGACACUAUGGGCGGUGAGGCACAAUCGUCGUAUCGCAUUUGAGUUCGUUGAUCAUCCCACCUACACUCCUGCGUACCGUGAAUGGUACGCAAAUGUCGGGAAACGACGGAUUUGCAAUCCGUUACAUGGUCGACCUACAACGGGUUAUGUAACUACUAACAGGGAGACAAGUACACUAAUGCAAUGUAUGGGCGAUAUCUAUCGGCGCAUAGCAGCUCCAUUUGACGUCGAAGACAUUCGCGAGCAAAUUGCACGAUGCCUUACAGGAUUAGGUGCCGAGAAUGUGAUUCAUCAAGACAUCAUUUUCUAUGGGGAUGCCCAUGAUGAUGCAGUGGAUGAUCAUCCUCCACUUCGGCAAGACCGUAGAAGAGUCGCGGCCACUAGAGGUCGGCGUUACGGACGCGGUUAUGUUGCUCCACACGUCGACAAUGAUGAUGGUAAUGAUGAUAAUCACGAUGAUGAUAAUGAUGAUGAUGAGGAGGAGGAAGAGGAUGACGAAGAUGGUGGUGAAGAAGAAGGACAACCAUCUUCACAUAUUCAUUCACACAUCCCUUCCUCAUCUCAUGUACCUAAUCAAUACUCUACACCGACUAGUGCAUACAUUCCGACGUCUGAUGCGCCAUCGUUUAUUCCACAUGUACAGCCUACAUAUGAGACACGUCCCACCUUUUUAAAUUCACCAGUUGAUUGGUUGAACAACUUAUUAGGAUCAGAUGUACAGAGUGUGAUGGGGCAAGAAGCAGGGCCAAGCACACAACCGCCAAUUGAACAUAGGCCGAGACGAGAUAUACAAUCUCGACGCUGUGGGACAGGGAGUCACUUCGUGGUGCCAGGUCGACACUAUGUAUCUGAUGAAUCAGAAUAGUUGUAUGUAAUUAGUUUUAUCAAUUAUGAAUUGAAUUUGUACUUUUAAAUUAUCAAUCGAAUUUGAUAUUAUGUUAUUAUUAUCAGGUACUUUUACUAUUACGUUUCAAUAAUUCAAUAAUUCAAUUGAUAAUUUUGAA